AUGCCCGUUCGAAGGGAAACUCCAGAGAGACUCAAGCAAGAGCUUUUCGGUUUCCAGAUCUUUUUCAUUACUCUAAGCGCUGUGAUUGGAAGUGGAAUCUUUGUGAACAAUGGAUCUGCUCUUGCCAUUUCCGGCCCUUUGGGCUUGAUUCUUGCAGCGCUGAUCACGAGUGUUGUCAUUCUUUCGGUCAAUGAGUGCGUUGCCGAGCUUACACAACAGUUUCCGGUAUACAAUGCUAUUGUUGAAUACGUUCGCACUUUCGUUGAUGACGACCUUGGUUGGGUAAUCGGACUGGUCUAUUGGUAUGCGUAUGCUGCUUCCUUUGCAAGCCAGAACAGCAUGGCAGGAUCGCUGUUAGCAUACUGGGGGCUAGGAACUACCUGGAGGGCGCUUAUAUGCUACGCCCUGGCUCCAAUCGUGUUCCUCCUGCUGAAUUUAACUGGUGUUUUUUGGUAUGGUAUAGUAGAAACGAUUGGCGGCUUUCUGAAGCUUAUAAUGAUCGUUUCUAUUUCUAUCUAUCUUUAUGCAAUUGCUGGAAAUGUCUCCUCUCCAAAGUUCGAGGCCGGCAUGGGCUUCGAGAAUUCUGGCCAUGCUGCGUGUUUCGCCAUCCCGAUCACCGCCUAUGCGUUUCAGGGUAUUAAGCUAUAUGCGAUGGCAGCAUUUGAAGCUCGUGACGCACACGCAAUUCGUUGGCCUUCAAGGUGGAUAUCUUACGUCGUGGUGAUUGUAUACAUAAUGUGCACCGUGGGCGAAAUCCUUACCGUCAGCUGGAAUGACAAUCGCCUUCCACGACUUCAUGAUGGAGCGCAAGAGAGCGCCUUUUUAGCGAUAUCAAGCGUUGGUUCAGCGAGCAGCAUGAUAAUUCUUGCCGCCCUUAAUACCAAAAGCAAGACCAUGGCUAGCUUUCUCAAUGGCUGCCUGCUAUUCAGCGCCUUCUCAGCGGCCAACACCUCUCUGUCUAUGCCCAGAGAGUUCUGGGUCACCAAGAAGCUCAGCAUCCUAAGCCAGGGAACUCGGGUUCCAGUGGGCGCGCUGCUGGCUACGGUUCUUGCCUUUUGCUGGGUGCCUUUUCUGAGACUCAACAAUGGCUUCGUUACGCAGCAGGUAGUUCAAGUGGUGAGCACCUCAGCUAGCAACGCAAUCAUGAUUGUAUGGGCAGUUAUAUGCCUAGCGUUUCUUCGCUAUUAUUACUGGCUGAAGAAACACGACCCCGAACUCCGGCAUUCAAGUCGCCCGGAAUUUAUUCGAGACUCCCCGCAAUAUUCACCUCGCGGGUCUCUCUUGGUCAUUCAACCCGUACAGGCCUGGGUUGGCUUGAUUGGAUGUAUCGCGAUCUUCGCAUUUUCCAGCGCAACAUGGUGGGGGUCCCAUGCGACAGUGACCGAGGUCGCCAUGGCAUACGGGGCCCACCUCGUUGUUGUCCUCUUACUCGUGGUUCUCAAAGUAUGCAGGAGGCGGAAAGAAUGGUUUCGCGCGACGCCCAGUGCAGUCCAGCUGCUGAAUAUUCUGAAUGACUUGCGUGUUCGCAAGAUCGAUCAAUGGGAGCCGACGACCCUGGAACGUGCCAAGAAAGUCUCGGUGCUUUUGCUCCAUAUAUCAUCACUAAUCGUCGAGUCUGCUGGGAAUAAAUUAAGCGAUGACUGGUCCACUGUCCAAAAUGUUCUUCUGUUAUGA